UAUAGUAAAAAGCAUAUGGAUACAUAAUACAGGGUUUCCUUCAUUUUGGAUGAAUGUAAAAAAUGUAGUAAGCAAUUGUGUGUAGCAUAUUUUGCACAAUGCAUCAGUGAAAUCAGUGAUCAUGAAAAAUCCCUGUUUUGUUUCCUCCUCCAGUCCCGUAGAUGUCACUCACACACUCAGCCAAGGGGGGAAAUGUGUAGUUACCGUUGUCGUUGACUGUUUUCUUCUUCAUGAGUUUUGGCUGUGCACUCCAUGGCGGUGUCCUCCAUGGUGUCAUUGUAGUGAGGUUGAAUAUCAAGAAAAUAAGAACUAGCCCUUCUUAAUCAUGACUGGUUACACAGCAGACGAAAAGCUCCGCGUAGAGCAGAUUUCAAACCUCAGGAGGAAAUGGCUGAAGGACCAAGAGCUCAGUCCCAGAGAGCCCGUGCUGCCAAAGACAGCCCCCGGGCCGGUGGCAAAAUUCUGGGCUGGCUUUCUGGAACCGAAGACCCUGUGUAGACUUUACACCUACAAAGUCUACACUGGUGGAGUGUUCGCCUUGACCCGGUUGCUGAUCCCUGCCUGGGUUGUGCAUUAUUAUGUGAAGUAUCAUGUUGCUAAAAAGCCCUAUGGCAUCGUGGAGCUGAAGCCCAGGCUGUUCCCUGGCGACACCAUCUUGGAGACGGGAGAGGUUGUUCCAGACCUCCCAGAGAGCCAUGGUCACCACUGAAGAAGACAUAGUUGAAAGAAUUACACAAUGUCUUUUUGUCCCUGCCCUGUUGUAAAAAACUUGAUGUACAUGUCAUUAAAUAAUAUUUACAAUACUAA